AUGAUGGACAGCGAGGACGGGCAGUUCUUCAUAAAGAACCUUGCCCACUUUGUUCGAACACACGAGAAGGCACUGGCAAAUGCCCUUCAAUUACGGCGUCAACAGACCCCGAAACAUGGAUCAUCCCAAAGUGUAUCCGGCGCAGUUGGCUCUGCCGUACCUGGAUCACCGAUCAUCACGAAUUCACCCUCAUCCGCGUCCUCGACUUCCACAUCGAGCACUCUCGCAGCGGCCCUCUCCCUCCCAUACCUAACCUUCGCCUCCCAUAACUUGAAACCUGCGAAGCUUGCCCUGACAUCCCACCACCUGUUCUACCUCCUCUCCCGGUUUGAAGACCUUGGUAUAGCCGUGGGGCCCAUGAAUGUGAGGUUAGAAAACCUGCACGCUGAAACUGCCGCAGCAAACUACGUCUCUUUCCUGGGUCAGUCACAGCGACCGAAAGGUCGCGGUUCGGACCAUGGAUCGAUCCAUUCCGUGUCAAGUGUGCGAAGCGUGAUGUCUGGCAUGUCAAGCCUUUGGUCAAACUUUGGCCUCGGGUCAGGAGGCGCCGCCGCACGAACCGAAAAGCAGAAGGCUGCAAUUGAUGCUGAUCUGAAAUACUUGUAUUCCGCCUUUACAAAGAUUCCAUGCCUAAGACUUGCCCCGGAUCGACGAGCCCGCCUGAUAGAAGGAUACGAAGAGUUCCCAUUUGAUUCCGCAGUUCCUCUCCACGCUUUCAAGAACCUCAGUGCUUUGGAGAUUAGUGAUAUUGACUUCAGACAGUUCUUUGGCUGGGACCGACUUGCGGAGCAAUUGAGAUCCUUAACUGUGAAGCGUGCGGGGAUUGACGAUCCAGCUGACCUCAUCAUAAACAUUGUCCUUGAUGACAUGGAUAAACGGCGACGGCGUUCUUCCAAGGGAAGGAUGUCUCCCACCACCAAUUGGGCCACGACCACGAGUCCGAAAAGGAGUCCAACCUUGCCGCAUGCCGAGUUAGUAAAAUCUAACUCUGCCCCCGGAUCCCCAGACCAACGAUGCCAUAUUGAAUUUGAGGAAGACUCCCAACCCCACUCUUUAGCGCGUUCAGGUUCAGACGGUGCCAAAUCUUCUAGCAAGACGAGACACAGAAGCAACUCUCCUGUUCGACCCACAAGUUCACGGACUGGCUCUGCACACGGCCAUUCGAGGGGACCAUACAAGGUGAAGAGGUCUGGAUCUGGCAGCUCCCAUUCGAGCAUGUCUGAUGGUUGGCACAACCAGCGCGGCAGUUCAACCAAUCUGCUCGCAAUGGGCGUCCUACCAUCCUCCAAGUGGAGGUUCCUUAAACACCUCAGUCUUGCUGAUAAUGGCCUCACCUCGAUAUCUGCGGCAAGCCUAGCACCAUUGGCCAAUACGCUUCACUCUCUGGAUCUGUCAGCCAACUUGUUCACGGAGAUACCUGACUGCUUGGCUUCUUUAACAGCCCUACGGGCCCUUAAUCUAUCAAACUGUAUGAUUGGAUCUCUCCAUUCACUAACGCGGAAUCCCCUGCCUGCGAUCACGGCAUUGAAUUUAAGGUCCAAUCGACUUAUCUCGAUCGCUGGCGUCGAAAGACUAUAUCCACUUGAGAGACUUGAUCUGAGGGACAAUAAGAUGACCGACCCCACAGAGCUUGCAAGGUUAACGGGAAUACCUGAUCUGAGGGAGAUAUGGGUCCUGGGGAACCCCUUCGUUAGAACACACAGCAAUUAUAGGGUCACGAUAUUCAAUCUUUUUAGGAAGACGCCAGGCUACACGGAAGAUAUCCUCAUCGACACCUAUUCGCCGGGAUACAGCGAAAGGCGGCAGUUGGUGGAUCGGGUGGCAGAGCGACCCAAUGUUCCCGUUGUCAAGUCAGCCCCAGAUUACGGUCUGCCGUCUGUGGAUGUUAACAAACCUGUCAUCGACUAUCCGACGACGCAUGAGCCCACCGUACUGCGCAAGGAACGACCGCUACCGUAUGCGGCCACCAGUGAAAUACACUCAACUGCUACUGGCCGACGAAGAAGAACUCCAAAGCGGAGGAUUGUGGACUUGUCGACUUCAGACACCUCUCCAAGCAAGCAGUCUCCAGCUACGAAUGAACCUGCAGCUGCAACUCCAAGUUUAGAUUCCGGAUACAACACCAGUCCUGACCCUUCGCCUCGAACAGUGCCAUCAUAUGUACCGUCAGAACCGCGACAGACACAAGUCCAACCCGAUACCCCCCGCCUUGACCGCUCGGUUGUUCCACAAUUGCCCCCAAUCCAGACCAUGUCUUAUGAUACUCCUCUGUUGAAAUCGGAGACCCCUAGGGACUCUCAAGACUGGAAGGUUAGUGGUGAGAUGUAUAGGAAGAAACUGGAGGCAUUGCGAAAUGAGGUUGGCAAUGGGUGGCUCAGUGUGCUGAGUGAAGAAAGCUGGGAGGUGCAAAAGAAUGCCCAUUCCCAGGGCUUUUCAGCUGCCGAUUUCAAUCCGUCGAUGCGGCCGAGUCAAACCAACACCCGAACCAAUAGCCAGCAGACGAUACAUAGCGGCCGAACAUUAGGGUGA